CUCCGCCGCGGCCGAGCGGAAAAGCCGGAAUGCUGCGCCGAACUUGGAAGGAUGUGUCGUAAAACAAAUCGGUUCACGACACUGACAGGUCACUUUUCUGCGUAAGAAAAACUACCAAACAUUAACAUGGGAAAGAAACGAACGAAAGGCAAAACAGCGCAGACAGAUGAGACUCUGGAUAUUCAGGAACCUGUGUGCAAGCACAUUCGCAAGGGGUUAGAACAUGGCCUUCUGAAAAAGGCACUGCUCAAUGUGGAGUGGAACGUUUGUGAGGACUGCAAGACAGACAAUAAAGCACAGGAUAAAUCUCAGGAGGAAACUGAUGAAAGUCCUUCAAUAUGGCUAUGUCUAAAAUGUGGCCAUAGGGGUUGUGGCAGAAAUUCUCAAGAACAGCAUGCUUUAAAGCAUCACACAACGCCAAGAUCAGACCCCCAUUGUUUGGUUCUCAGUUUGGACAACUGGAGUGUGUGGUGCUAUCUGUGUGAUAAUGAAGUCCCGUAUAGUAGUUCAACUCGCCUGGGCCAACUUGUGGAUAAUGUCAGAAAAGCUUGUGCUGACACACCACAUACAGCAUCAGAACAUCAAGAAAGCCAAGAUUUUGAAAAUAAAAAAACAGAAAAAGAUAACAGAAAUGAGCAAGAAAAAGAAAAAAGGGAAGGCAUGAUCAAAGAAGAGACUUCUUAUCCAAAUACCAAUGCAGAAGUGAUUGUGAAAGGACUUAGUAACCUGGGGAAUACGUGCUUCUUCAAUGCUGUCAUGCAGAAUUUAUCACAGACGCCGGUCCUGAGAGAAUUAUUGAAGGAAGCUAAAAUGCCGGGAACAACCGUUAAAAUUGAACCACCUGACUUUUCAACAGAGCCCCUAGAGAUACAGCUUGAACAGCCAGGGCCCCUUACAUUAGCCAUGUGCCAGUUCCUUACAGAGAUGCAGGAAACAAAAAAGGGAACUGUCACUCCGAAGGAACUCUUUGCUCAAGUUUGUAAAAAAGCAAUACGAUUUAAAGGGUACCAACAGCAAGACAGUCAGGAACUGCUCCGUUACUUACUUGAUGGGAUGAGAGCAGAAGAAAUCCAACGAGUAAGUGUUGGACUACUUAAGAUGUUGAAUGUCUCUGAUAGACAAAAUGAAGAACUAAAAAAGAAAAUUAAAGAGUAUGAAAAGAAAAAGGGGAUACAAACUUUUGUGGACCGGAUCUUUGGUGGAGAAUUAACUAGUACAAUUAUGUGUGAGGAGUGCAGAACUGUGUCCUUGGUCCAUGAGUCUUUCCUUGAUUUGUCACUUCCUGUAUUAGAUGAUCAGAGUACUAAAAGUACAAAAGAAAGAAAUGCUAAAAAAGCAAAAGAAAAGGAGACUGAUGAAGAAGAGGAUGAUGACAAACAUAAUGACAGUUAUAUGAAGGAGCGGGAGGAUCCUGGUGCCAGUAAGCACCACCAGAAAAAAGCAAAGAAACAGGCUAAAAAGCAAGCCAAGAAUCAGCGUCGGCAGCAAAAACUUCAAGGAAAGGUGCUUCAGCUAACAGAAGUGUGUGUCACAGAGGAAUCUGAAGAAAACUUAGAGACUAACGAAGAAACAAAGGCAGAAGAAAUGAACUCUGAAGUCACAGACUUAAAGCAGGAAGAAGAGCCUUCAAAUCAGUGUAAAGAAUUAUAUUUAAAUCAAAAAGACUUGAAUAAUAAAGAGAACUGUACAGACACACACAGUGAGCACAAAAACAUAGGAAAUCCAGAACAAGAAUGUUUAGAAAAUGAAAACAAUGUAGCUGACCCUUUGGGAAACUUAAUUUCUACUGCAGAGUGCAUCAGUGGACUUGAAGAUCUGCCUUUUGAGGAAGAUGAUCAUGUAGAAGAUGAGGCACUUGCUACUAGUAUGUCAAAACUACAGUUGGAUGCUGCUUCUGACAUUGAUAUGGAUACUUUGGAUGACUUUGAUACUGCGCAAACAAAGAUAUGUGAAGUGGUGAAUGAGGACCCAGAAACAGCUUUUUGUACUCUCGCAAACAGGGAAGAUCUAAACAUAGAAGAAGGUUCAAUCCAUCUUUGUUUAUAUCAGUUCACUCGUAAUGAGGAACUCAGUGAAACCAAUAAACUGCUCUGUGAUGUAUGUACAGAAAGGCAAUAUGGACCAACGAAUAAUGGAAAAAGUGAAAAGAAACCUGUUUACACUAAUGCCAAAAAGCAAAUGCUGAUCUCUCUUGCACCUCCAAUUUUAACACUUCACUUAAAGAGAUUUCAACAGGCUGGAUUUAAUUUACGGAAAGUUAACAGGCAUAUAAAGUUUCCAGAAGUAAUAGACUUGGCUCCUUUCUGUACAGUUAAAUGCAAGAAUGUGGCUGAAGGAGAUUCAAGAGUACUGUACUCUCUCUAUGGGGUUGUUGAACAUAGUGGCACUAUGCGAUCUGGCCACUACACUGCCUAUGCCAAGAUGAGAGCUAUGAACAACCAUCUUUCUGAUCUUGUCCUUCAUGGAGAAGUUCCCCAAGCUUCAGAAACUGAAUCUGCAAAAGGACAGUGGUUUCAUAUCAGCGACACCCAUGUGCAAGCCGUGUCUACAUCUAAAGUGCUGAGUUCACAAGCGUAUCUCUUGUUUUAUGAGCGACUGCUUUAACUAAUAUGAGAAAAGCCACCUGACCAAACACUUCAUGGAUUUUAAACUGAUUUAAAAUAAAGUGAUACAUUGAUGAGAACUGCUCUCAGUCCUAGUCUAUUAGACUUGAAGCUACUGUAAACAAUUUCAGAAAUCCCAACAUUACCUAGAAGCACUAACUGAUGACAUGACUGAAUGAUACUUCUCCAAUAGCUGCAUUGGUUUUUAAAUAAAACCACUUUGUUCCUAA